AUGGUGAGUGGUGAUUUUAUUCAUAGUUGCUCAUCACUUUAAAAUUAAAAGGAGUGACAAGAGAGAAGAAGAGCCAAGUUGGGGUUGUUUUUUUGUCAUAUUGCCAAACCUCAAAGUCCCUUUCAUUUCUUCUUUCUCACAAUCCUUUGAUUUUCCCCCCAUCACCGGUAUUAGUGGUAAUGGACGCUUCAGGAGAAUCAGAGCUCCAACCAACAGAAACUCAGGCAUCUAAAAGAAGGAAGGUGGCAGAGAGGACUGUUGUGACAGUGAAGAUUGGAGAAAAUGGUGGAAAGCUAAAGAAUGAAGGUCCACCUUCUGAUUCAUGGUCUUGGAGGAAAUAUGGGCAAAAACCCAUCAAAGGGUCGCCUUAUCCGAGGGGGUAUUACAAGUGCAGCACAUCGAAAGGUUGCUCGGCCAAAAAGCAAGUAGAAAGAUGCAAAACGGAUGCUUCAAUGCUCAUCAUCACUUACACUUCCACCCAUAACCAUCCAGGCCCUGAUCUCCACACCAAGCAAAAACAUCAUCAGCCUGCAGUUUCACAGGAAGAAGUGAAAAACGAAGUGGCCAUCAAAACAAGCAGUGAUGAAGAUGCAAGUGAAGAGGAGCUUUUUCAGUAUCUGCAAUCCCCAUCAAGACUUCCCCAAAACAUUAUAAUCAACCAAGAAGAUCCAUUCACAUGGAAUCUAGAGAGAAGGUUUCUGUUAGAUGAAGAGCCACUCUCUUCUUGUCCUCAUAUAAACCCAUCUUCGACAUCAAAAUCAGACGAAAAUGAUUUCUUCGAUGAGCUAGAAGAACUGCCCAUAUGUUCAGCUUUCACUCGUUUCAUGAGAAGCAAGGUUUUCGAUGAAGGGAUUCCUGUUGUCCCUUCUUGAUCCAAGUGCUUCAGCCUUGGAAAAACUUGUAAAUUUAGAUGUUCAUAUCAUUUUGUAGUGCCUUUUUUCUCUUUCCUUUUUUCGAGUGAGGGUUCACAAAUUGAGAAAGUUGGAUCAGUGUGGCAUGGAAAGUUUGUGAAAUGGCGUCGUUUUUAUUGAUCUGGGAGACUGGGAAAAGCAGCAAAUGCCGAUGGAUAGUGAACCGAGGGGCUCUUUGAUUAAUGCCACGGGGGAGCUGCUCUUUAGGUAGGUGAGCAGCUCCUUUCCACAAUUUAGUAUUAAUUCAUAAUUGAAGCCACGAGGU